AUGCCAGAUGAGAAAUUGUUUAAAAGGAGGGAGGUGAUGGAAGAGGAUGCGCUGUCAAAAACCUGGCGGGGUAGGAGGGACAGGGGGUUUGGCUGGCAAACAACGCAUCGACCGAACAGGCUGAGUAUUGGCAAUUUCCAGUUCCGAUACAAAACGAGGCAGGAAUCUCCCCCGCCGCCCUUCCCUCAAGAUAUUCCCACAAAUCCGUUCUUCAAUGCAGUCGAAACGAGCCACAUAAACUUCAUCCCCAAGAAUAUGGCUUCCCAAGCCCCGUCUACCCCUUCUGGCUCCCAGCCUGAGGGCCCCUCCACCACUGGCAAUCUACAGAGAGCCCAUACUGUUGACCCUCACAGCGAUGAUGAUAUAUCGCUCGCUCCCCCAUCUCUUAUUCCGCCUAGAGAAAUGGUCACUUGCUUAGAAUGUCUUACAUGGAUUGCUAGUGGACAACGCCCGGCUGAGAUUUGUAGCUUCAGCUACUGUGGUGUCGACCGAAAUCUCAAUAUCCCGUACUUACAGUGCACCCGAGCUACUCUGGGCCGUGUUGACUAUGCGCGGCAGAUAUGGGAGAUCUACCAGCAGCUUGACCCAGCGGAGCAGGAGUUUUGGAAUCUACUCAACGAGGCCAACUCAUCGGAUGAGGAGCACCCUGAGUACUCGGAGGAGAAUCCUAAUGGGGAGUCCUAA